CCGCCAUUUUGGAUUUGUACUCGCUUUUCAGCGAGAUUGUUUUUGAUAGUAUACCUCUAAAAUUGUCGGCAACUAAGAAGAGUUUUUGGAAGAGGAACUUUUCGCUAGGUUCCUCGUGUUGCUCGACAGAGGUGACUUUCAUAGAGUGCUUUUGUGAUUAAAGCAUUUGAAAGUCUGCGAACAUGAGCGCGGAAUAUUUUGAAGAAGAAGCAGAGGUAUCAGAUGAUGACUUCAAAGGCAGUGAAGAUGAAGAAGAGGAAGAGGAGGGAGAAGAUCUCGAUAAGAACUUAGAAGAUCUAAUUGAUGAUGACCCUGUGGAGGAAGAUGAAGAUGAAUCUUCCGAUUCUUCUGAUGAAGAGAUUAGAAAGAGGAAGCGAAAAAGGCGACACCAUGACAGUGACGAUCAACUUGAAGAUGAAGAUUACGAGUUGCUGGAAGAAAAUUUGGGAACUAAAAUUAAAAGGAACAAAUUUCGAAGGUUAAAGCAGCUGUCAAGUGACGAGAACGAAAGCGAGGAUGACAUGGAUGAGAAAGUUGAUGAUAGAGAGGCCAUCGCUAAUCAGUUGUUUGAAGGCGCCGAUGAGGAUGAAGAGAGGGAUUCCAUAGCUCCAGCCAUGCCAGCCGAGGAAGACAAACAGUACGCUGAUCUUGUUGACUCAGAAGGAUCUGAGGAAUCAGAGGAUGAUGAUUUUAUAGUAGGUGAUGAUGGAGAGCCACUCAGAAGGAAAAAAGAUAGAAGGAAACCAAGAUACACUGAUUCAGCAUUGCAAGAAGCUCAGGAUAUAUUUGGUAUUGAUGAUUUUGACAUUGAGGAGUUUAAUCAAUACGGGGACGAGUACGAAAGUGAGGAAGAUGAAUACGAGGAUUAUGAGGAAGAGGAGGAGGGUGAGAGUGAAGUAAGGCCGAGAGUUAAAAAGAAAGAUAAAAAGAAAGCCACUAAGCUCAGUAUAUACGAAGUAUUUGAACCGAGUGAGUUAGAACGAGGACAUUUUACUGACUUGGAUAAAGAGAUCAGGACGGCUGACAUGCCAGAGAGAUUCAAGCUACGGUUGAUUCCUGUGAGAAUGACUAAAGAUGAAGAACUAGAUGAUGAAGCGGAAUGGAUUUACAAACACGCAUUCAUGACACUUCCAAUUACAAUGCAGGAUGUGUCUGAUCCAUUACGUUCAGAGACAAGUCAAGUUAGUUCUACGUUUGAAAGCAAAGGACCCAGUACUGUCAGCAAGAUUAAGGAAGCGCUUAACUUUAUAAGAAAUCAACAAUUUGAAGUUCCAUUUAUAGCAUUCUAUCGUAAAGAGUACAUAGAGCCUGAACUAAAUAUAUAUGACUUAUGGAAGAUAUACCACUGGGAUGAAAAGUGGACACAACUAAGAAACAGAAAGCUGAAUCUGAAGCGACUGUUUGAAAAAAUGCAGAAUUACCAGUUUGAGUUGAUACCUCAUGACGUAGAUGCCAGCUUACCUGAUAACAUCAGGCCUUUAACGGAGACUGAUAUGGAAAGACUUGAUGCUGUGCAGUCUCCCGAGGAGCUGAAAGAUGUGUACAUGCAGUUCUUGCUGUACUAUGGUAGGGACAUUCCCAAAAUGCAGAAUGCAGAGAAGGUGCGGAAGAGGAAAGUGAAACGAGAGGAGGCGGGAGAAGAUGGAGAAGAUGGAGAGGUUGUAGUUGAAGACAAGGAAGAGCCGACUGAGGAUGUGAGUGGUACAAGUAAAGAAAUUAAGCAAGCUGCCCGGAAAGGAAUGUACGGGCUGUGUGAGCAGGCUGGGCUAGACGGAGUUGCCAAAAAAUUUGGUUUGACACCCGAGCAGUUUGGCGAGAAUUUGCGGGAUAAUUAUCAGAGGCAUGAUACAGAUCAGUGGCCUUCUGAACCAAGUGAAUUGUCGCAGGAACACUUGUGUUCACAAUUUCCCACGGAAGACAAUGUCUUACGAGGAGCUAUUUACAUGGUAGCCAUGCAGUUGGCUCACGACCCAUUGGUAAGACAGUGUGUCAGACAAACCUAUUAUGAACGAGCCAAAAUAUCAGUCAUUCCAACCAAGAAAGGCAUCAAGGAAAUUGAUGAAUCACAUAAUUGCUUCCUUAUGAAAUACUUAAAAAACAAACCAGUGAGAGACUUGGCUGGAGAGCAGUAUUUGAAGCUUCAUCUGGCAGAAGAAGAUAAGUUACUUAAAACAACUAUCGGUAUCGACAUGGAAGAACAACCAGGAUACCAGACAUACUUUGAUGAAAUUAAACAGCUUUAUUACCGUGAUGAGUUUAGUCACAUGGUACAGGAAUGGAACAAACUACGAACUGAAGCCAUUGAGAAGGCACUGAAUAAAAUCCUCUAUCCUCACAUGGAAAAAGAACUUAGAGGGAAAUUACUAAAAGAGUCUAAAGACUGUAUUAUUAAGGCGUCAACACGUACAGCAUUUAACUGGAUCAAGAUAGCACCAUAUCAGGCUGAUCAGCAGAUGGACGAUGAUGAUGAAUUUUUGGAUGGCCCAGGACCCAUGGGUUUAAAAGUUUUGGGAAUCGCUUACUCAGACGAUAAAAAAGUACCAGCUUUUGGUGCUUUGAUUGAUGGUGAUGGCGAAGUCCAGGAUUUCAUCAGAUUGCCAGAUAUCAUGCUGAGACGUAAUAGUUACUGGAAACGAGAACGUGACGGAAAGGAAGCUGAUAUGGAGAAAUUGAAAGACUUUAUCAGCAAAAAGAAACCCCAUGUCAUUGCUGUUGGUGCAGAGUCUAGGGAAGCUAUUGGUUUAAUUCAGGACAUCAAACGGUGUCUGACAGAACUGGAAUCGGAAGAGCAGUUGCCACCGAUUAAUGUGGAAUUGGUAGACAAUAAUUUAGCUACUAUUUAUUGUAACUCCAAACUAUGUGAGAAUGAGUUUCGUGAAUAUCCAACCUGUUUACGUCAAGCGUUAUCUAUCGCGAGGCGGUUACAAGACCCAUUGGUUGAAUUUUCAAGACUCUGCAAUUCUGAUGAAGACAUUCUGUGUUUGCAGUUUCAUCGAAUGCAGGAUGAAGUUCCCAAAGAGGAACUACUGUACUACAUCUACUUAGAGUUUGUCUUCCGUGUCAAUGAGAUUGGUUUGGAUGUAAAUAAAUGUAUUAAUCAUCCCCAUACCCAGCAGCUUGUACAGUUUGUAUGUGGUCUGGGACCAAGGAAAGGCAUGCAUCUUUUAAGGCAAUUGAAGUCUAACAACAUGAGGCUUGAAAACCGAACUCAGUUGGUGACAGCUUGCAAUAUGGGACCUAAAGUAUUCAUAAACUGUGCUGGCUUCAUUAAAAUAGACACCAAUGCUAUGGGUGACAGUACUGAUUCGUACAUAGAAGUCCUGGAUGGAUCACGUGUGCAUCCUGAGACCUACGAGUGGGCCAGGAAAAUGGCGGUUGAUGCACUGGAGUACGAUGAAUCUGCAGAAGAGAAUAAUCCAGCCGGGGCUCUAGAGGAGAUUUUGGAAAAUCCAGAUAAAUUAAAAGAUUUGGAUUUGGAUGCUUUUGCAGAGGAAUUAGAAAGACAGGGUUAUGGCAACAAGGGAAUCACAUUGUAUGAUAUACGAGCCGAGUUGAAUUGUCGAUACAAAGAUUUGCGAGUACCGUUUCACUCUCCUACUCCAGAAGAACGAUUUGCCAUGUUGACGAAAGAGACUCCUGAAACAUUCUAUGUAGGGAAGAUGGUGCUGUGUAAAGUAACCGGAAUAGCGCAUAGGCGACCCCGUGGCGAGCAGCUGGAUCAGGCCAACCCCGUGAAGAUAGAUGAAACAGGUUUAUGGCAGUGUCCGUUCUGCUUGCAAGAUACCUUCCCUGAGCUUAGUGAGGUAUGGAGUCACUUUGAUGGUAAUAAAUGUCCUGGUUCAGCCGUCGGUGUCAAAGCAAGAUUAGAUAAUGGUGUGACUGGGUUUAUACCGACUAAAAUGAUUAGUGAUAAAAAUGUCAAGAAUCCUGAAGACAGAGUACAGAUUGGUAUGUCAAUACAUUGCAGAGUAACUAAGUUAGAUACAGAGAAAUUACAAGUAGAUCUGACAUGUAGAUCCUCUGACCUCGCCGAUAGAAACGGUGAAUGGAUACCAUCCAGAGAUAUUUAUUACGACUAUGAUGUCGAGAAGAAACUCACGAACAAAGAUGACGUCGGCAAUAAAAAGCAACAAAGACGAGCCUACGUAAAGAGAGUUAUUGUUCAUCCGUCGUUUCAUAAUAUUGAUUAUAAGCAAACUGAAAAGAUGAUGGAGAACAUGGAACAAGGUGAAGUCAUUGUCAGACCAAGUAGCAAGGGGCAGGAUCAUUUGACAGUCACAUGGAAGGUAGACGAUGGUAUUUGUCAACAUAUUGAUGUCAGAGAAGAAGGCAAAGAAAACGCUUUCAGUUUGGGACAGUCACUGUGGAUUAGUAAUGAG